AUGUACAAGAAGCAGAACCUGCAAUGCAGCGAGGAAAGGGACGGCAACGUGACGGGACCUGAGGUGGUCGAAGUCUUGGUCGAGCCUCCCGGUCUAGGUACGGAUACCUCCUUAAGUGGAACGGUAAACCCAAUUGAAUGUUACCAAUCUAUAUUGUCAUCUCCAACUUGGAGUACCCAAGGCAACUCGGACCUCCAUCACCUGGCCUCUUGUGACCCCAAUAAGAGUAGAUCUUGUCUUCGCGCCAAUCUCACUAAUCAAUUGUCCAUUGCCAGCCUCGGCCAGCUCGUUCAAGGGUUGAUCAAUCACCACUAUCAUCCCAUCUUGGUGGAGGCUUUCAAGGUGAAGAUAUUGGUCAUCGCUACUGAACCAGCAACUCACUUGAGAGUUCGCGCAUGGAGACUCCCUAUCUUGUCGACGCCUCAUAGCACGAAGGCAAGCCAUGGCAACUUACCGUUCAAUGGCAGUAGCCAGUCAUUCAGCCGCGGCUACCGCGCUGGUAGCACCAGGAAUCGACUGUCAACUGUUUGGGUCCCUACCGGAGGAAUGACACCUGAACGAGGCGAAGGCGCCUAUGAAAAGCUUGUUCGUGCCGGAUUCUUGCGACAGUCACACUCUGGCAUUUUCCAUCUACUUCCUCUUGGCCAGCGUGUCCAACGGAAACUCGAGGGCGUCAUUGACUAUUACAUGCAAGAACUCGGAGCCUCGAGAGUAGCUCUGUCAACCAUUACGUCCAAGGACCUCUGGGAGAGGAGUGGCCGUCUUACACAACUAGAGGCUGAGCUCUUCGGCUUCGAGGACCGCAAAGGGUCCAAAUACAUGCUGUCGCCCACCCACGAAGAAGAGAUUACUACUCUAGUGGCGAAGACUGUGAAAUCCUACAAAGAACUGCCCCUUCGCCUCUAUCAGAUCACGCGCAAAUUCCGUGACGAACUUCGUCCGCGCCAUGGACUACUAAGAACCCGCGAGUUCACCAUGAAGGACCUCUAUACUUUUGACGUCUCCGCGAAUUCGGCCUUAGAGACCUAUAAGAAGGUCCAGUCGGCAUACACCGGCGUUUUCAAAGCACUGAAGCUGCCGGUGAAAGUAGCCAAAGCGAGCUCCGGCGACAUGGGAGGUGAUCUGAGCCAUGAGUAUCACUUGCCCACCUCAAUUGGGGAGGACACUCUGGUCACCUGCAAUACUUGUAGCUACGCUGCUAACGCCGAGGUCGCCGAGCCAAGGACAGCGGCCGUCGACAGCACAGGACCAUGCGGUCUGACUGAAGCCCCAAGUCCUGCAUCUGCUUCAAUAAGGGUGUGGCGAGGCAUCAGUAAAGACCGCAAGACCUUGGUGAAUGCCUGGUAUCCAGGCCGAAGCCAGGAUGAAUCUAACGGAGAGAAAGAUCUCAGGAUUUCGGCCAUCAAGACAAUUGUCGCUGAUCUGGACGCAAGCACUGAGAAUGCCGUAUCACUGUGGCGGGCAGCUAUUACAUCAACGAGUUCUAGCACGGACACUGCGGCCACCCGGCCCCAGAUCAUUAACGUCAUACACUCCACAUUGACCAGCAACCUAGAAGAGGUUCUACGAGAAGAAAGUAAAUCAUCGCCUUUGUCAGGGUUGGAUGUUCCCGAAGAUGGAGUAGACUCAACCAUCAUUACCAGAACUCAAGUUGGACAACCAAUCCACCUGCUCGCGGCUCGCGAUGGUGACAGAUGCCCUUGCUGCGACAGUGGCGUUCUCGAGCUGCAGAAGGCUCUGGAGCUUGGGCACACAUUCUACCUAGGAACUCGAUACUCGGAGCCACUCGAUGCAACAGUAUCCGUACCAACUCGUGCGAAUUCAAGUCAGCACGAUGGUCAGCCAGCUUUGGCUGAGGAAAAGACACCUAUGCAGAUGGGGUGCCAUGGAAUUGGCGUCUCCCGACUCAUAGGGGCCGUAGCUGAGCAUCUGACAGACACGAAGGGCCUACAAUGGCCGCGCGUGAUUGCCCCUUACGAAGUCGUGGUGAUUUCCACUCCUACUCUAGCUGAAGAUGCUAGUCAAGUGUAUGAUGAGAUCGCCACAGGGGGCAUUGACACGGUGCUGGAUGAUAGGUCGGCGUCCUUCGGUUGGAAGCUGAAUGACGCAGACUUGGUAGGUUAUCCAGUCCUAGUCAUACUGGGUAAAGUAUGGAAAGAGACAGGUAAUUGUGAGGUCCAAUGCCGCAGAUUCGGGAUCAAAGAAAUGGACGUCUCGUUGAGGCGCCCGCGACGCGGCGUGUACAAGGCAUUCAUGUACCUCCAAAUCAGAUGUCCUACCAUCGGACCCGGCAACCUCUCUCUAUCUACUGAUCUUACCAAACUCGAUGCGGCCUGCCCAGACAUGUCCUGCGCGGUGUGGGGCGGUCACGUGUAUAGCCACCCGAGAAGUGCGACAAAUGCUGUCAAUAAUAUGGGAAGGAGUGGUGUUAAUGAACGACAACCAAGUAGUCAGGCCUUGCUUCAAACCUCAGUCCCCUCCCGAGAGUUUGACACAGCAUCGGGUCUCAAUCACAUCAGCAACCCGAAGUUUAUCUUUUUGCCCUUUUGUCCGAAGUGGGCCUUCACCGUCGCCUAG